AUGUAUCGCACGGGCGACCCCCGCUUCCGCCGCCGCCUCGAUGAGAUCGGCCAAACGCUCGAGAGCGCGCAAGAGAGCGCCCAGACCUCCAUCUUCCAGGGCUACCAGACGUACAUCAAGCCCUGCUUCCAGUCCAUCGGGCAGACCGUGUCCAGCUGCGUGGAAGCAUCAUGCCCCACCCUCAACCUGACCGCCGACCAACGCGAGCGACUUCGGAGACAGCAGAGACAAGGGCGCAGUCGUGGCCGCGCGGAACUGAAUUUCGACUUCUACGAUGAUUGGGAGGAGGAUGAUACCGAUGCGUUAAUGGGAUGGGGAAAUAAUGAUGAAUUCGACAGGUUGUUGGCGGGGAGUGCGGGCUACGGGACCGUCGCGACACAGAACACAGCCGCUCAGCCCGCGAGGCAGCGCGGGAUGAGCUACCCCAAAGCCCGACGGAAGAGCGCAGCAGACACCGCGCAAGACCCCACCGUCAUCCCGGGCUCCAGCCUGUUCGGCAAACUCUUCGGCGGCAAAGCCCUGCGGUACAAGCCCUCCGCCGCGGAUUUGCAAGAUCACCCUGGCGUUGCGCGGCAUGAUCUCACCGAGGGCGAGGCCCUGCUCCGCGAGAGCGAGGGCAGACGCCGCAAGCAUCGCAGAGACCGAAGCGGUACCGUCGCCUCGGGCCACACGACGGACAGUCUGAGCAGUCGAGGCGACAUUUUCCCCUCUGAUGGGGAAGACGAUGCGAUCCCGCUGGACGACGAGUUCGCCAUGGUUCUGGAGCGCCGAGUCGCGGGUAUGGAAACGGACACCAGUUCUGGACGCACGAGAAGCACAGGGGGCAAGAGGCCGUCGGCGGGGAGCCGGAAUUCCACGUUUUCCUCGAGACGGAGGGCGGAUAGUAGUGCGGCGCAGUCGCCUGUGCAAGAGCGCAUGCCAGAGGUCCCGAGUUUGAGCGAGAUGAAGGAGGAAGAGCGAGUGGCAGAGAGGGAGGAAGAGGAAGAGGUCGCACGGAAACGUGCUGAGGCGAGGAGGCUGGCAAUCGAGCAGGAGGCGAUCGCUCUGAGCGAUCAUGAGAGGGAGGACGGAAGUUGA